AUGGCGGAUACAAUGGUUGAAAACCCUGCACAGCAGGUUUUACCGCAUCGCAAACAGAUGCCAUCUUCAAUACCGAACAUCGAUUCUCUCGAAGGCCUAGGAACCGAUGGGUCGGACGAAUAUUCAACAUUAAAAAAGCUGCAGCGGCACCUUGAAUAUAUCCAGCUUCAAGAAGAAUACAUCAAGGAUGAGCAACGGAGUUUGAAAAGGGAGCUGGUGAGAGCGCAAGAAGAGAUCAAGCGUAUUCAAAGUGUGCCGCUAGUCAUUGGACAGUUUAUGGAGGCUAUAGAUCAGAAUACUGGCAUCGUGCAAUCUUCCACUGGUUCUAAUUAUGUCGUUCGAAUUCUCUCCACUCUCGAUCGCGAGCUUCUCAAGCCAUCCUCCUCAGUUGCCCUCCAUCGCCACUCCAAUUCACUUGUCGAUAUCCUGCCCCCAGAAGCAGAUUCCUCCAUUGCCAUGCUCGGUGCAGACGAGAAGCCAGAUGUUACAUACGCUGAUGUGGGUGGACUGGAUAUGCAAAAGCAAGAGAUCAGAGAAGCCGUAGAACUCCCAUUGACUCAUUUUGAUCUCUACAAGCAAAUUGGUAUCGAUCCUCCGAGAGGUGUUCUUCUGUAUGGUCCACCCGGGACUGGAAAGACCAUGUUGGUGAAGGCCGUUGCCAAUUCGACGACUGCAAGUUUCAUACGUGUAGUUGGGUCCGAGUUCGUACAAAAGUAUCUUGGAGAAGGUCCACGUAUGGUUAGAGAUGUCUUCAGAAUGGCGAGGGAGAACUCCCCUUCAAUCAUCUUCAUCGACGAAAUCGAUGCCAUCGCGACUAAGCGUUUCGAUGCUCAGACUGGUGCUGAUAGGGAAGUCCAGCGUAUUUUGCUAGAAUUGUUGAAUCAGAUGGAUGGGUUCGAUCAGACUUCGAACGUCAAGGUCAUCAUGGCCACCAACAGAGCCGACACGCUGGAUCCUGCGCUUCUUCGUCCCGGCCGUCUAGAUCGAAAGAUUGAAUUUCCUAAUCUUCGAGACCGCAGGGAGCGACGAUUGAUUUUUACCACGAUUGCCUCAAAGAUGUCAUUGUCGCCCGAAGUAGAUUUGGACAGCUUGAUUGUUCGUAAUGAUCCUCUAAGUGGCGCUAUUAUUGCGGCUAUCAUGCAAGAAGCUGGUUUGAGAGCGGUUAGAAAGAACAGAUACAACAUUAUCCAAGCAGAUCUCGAAGACGCAUACUCAAGCCAGGUCAAGGGCACUCAGGAGGCAAAUAAAUUCGACUUCUACAAGUAG